CUGCAAAGAUUAGUUUCAGGUUGGUUUGAAAACAAACAGGCUAGCAACACUAGUCUGAACCGCAGUUUUUCUUUCGGAGAAUAUACAUUUAAGAAACACGGAAGCCUAAUGGUGAAGAUGGGGAAAGAUUAUUACAGCGUUUUGGGGAUUCAGAAAGGCGCUUCUGACGAUGAAAUUAAAAAAGCGUAUCGCAAACAAGCGCUGAAAUACCAUCCGGACAAAAACAAGUCAGCCGGAGCCGAGGAAAAGUUCAAGGAGAUCGCGGAAGCAUACGACGUGCUGAGUGACCCGAAAAAGAAAGACAUCUACGACAGAUUUGGCGAAGAAGGACUGAAGGGAGGUGCUCCUGGAGGAGGUGGUGGUGGUGGAAAUUACACAUACACUUUCCAAGGAGAUCCUCAUGCGAUGUUCUCAGAGUUCUUCGGAGGGCGAAAUCCUUUCGAACAUAUUUUUGGACAUAAUGGCGGUAUGGAUGAGAACAUGGAAACUGAUGACCCGUUUGCUUCUUUUGGUAUGGGUGGCAUUGGUGGUUUCCCUCGCUCCUUUACCACACAUAGUCACGGUGGAAGAAUGGAGAGAAAACAAGACCCUGCAGUGAUCCACGACCUCCGUGUCAGUCUAGAUGAAGUGUUCACUGGCUGCACCAAGAAGAUGAAGAUCUCACGCAAGCGCCUGAACCCCGAUGGACGAACAACACGCUCAGAGGACAAGAUUCUGACAGUGGAGGUGAAAAAAGGCUGGAAGGAAGGAACCAAGAUAACCUUCCCCAGGGAAGGCGACGAGACGCCGUCAAAUAUCCCUGCAGAUGUGGUGUUUGUGUUGAAGGAUAAACCGCAUCCGGUGUACAAACGAGAUGGAUCGGACAUCAUUUAUCCUGCAAAAAUUACUCUCAAAGAGGCUCUUUGUGGUUGUGUGAUUAACGUUCCAACGCUAGAUGGUCGCACGGUUAAAGUAACAUCUCAGGACAUUGUUCGGCCUGGGAUGAAGCGGCGCCUCACCGGGGAAGGUCUUCCUCUUCCCAAAGCUCCAGAUCGCCGCGGAGACUUGGUUGUUGAGUACGAGGUCAGGUUUCCAGAAAAGCUCUCCCAGAAUGCCAAGGACACUAUUGCAAAUGUUUUGCCAGCUUCUUGAGCUGCAUGUACUAUAAAGCUGGAGUCACUACCAUUGCCAUGUUUUGUUUCAUAGUGUUUAAAUAUCUGAGCUCUCUUGAGCUGCGUUAUUUAAAGAGCUGUUUUUCCUGUAAUGUUCAGCCGAUAAGAGACUACAUGGACUGAAACGUUGCUGGACUAGACUUGUUUAUGCUUCUAAGUCAUGUUUAUUUUGGUGCAAUAUUUCUUUAGGGUCUAGUCCAGCAGAAGGUUUCCAGCUGUUCCAGUUUUUUUUUUGUGCACUGUUUUAGAUAUGGAGAUGCUAUGAUGUGCAAGAGAACAGUGAUGUGGUUUCUCUUCAGCACUUUGGACCUUUUGGACACCUCAGGGAAGUCUUUCUGUGAAAGCACCCUGUACUUUUUUCCUAUAAUAUGGUGUAAUGGGACUGUGAGAGAUGCCACUGUUAAGUCGUUUCCAGUGUAAUGGUGGCCCGAGGUGAUUCCUACUUGAAUAAUCCUACGUCAAGUACAUAAAAAACACACUUGAUGUAGAGGUUACGUGGUUGGCAUGUUAAAAAAAAAGUCAGCUAAGCCACAAAUUUAUGAGUAGAUUUUAUUUUUCAAUAAAACAAUACCAAAGAAGA